AUGCGAAUUCUUAGUUUCCCUAAGGGCGCUGCUGAAAAAAAAUGGCAACGGCAUGGUGAUCGAUUCUCGUUCAGCAAGAAGAGUGGAAAUGCUCCGCCUUUGUGUGGGUACGCGACCAUCAAACACGGUCGUCAAUCGGUUGAGACCAACGAAUAUUGCGCGAGGCCGGCUGCGUUUCCGAGGUUCGCACGGAAGCUGGAGGUCAGCGUUAAGGGGAUGGACAUCCGUGUCUCUGACGUUUCUUACGGUAAUUUCCAUCAACUGUCGUUCUCUGGAAACAUCUCGGAUCACUCAGCGAUUCUCCUAUGCCAACAAUCGUGGCUGAGCCCAGACGUGGGCAGUGAGCUGGCAACGAUUCCUCACUGCUAUACGUCCCGAACGGACAGAUCAGCCAGGCAUAAUGCCCUCAGAUGUAUGGUGCCGCAGGCCCUGAUGGAGUCGCUUCUGCAGUGCUCCAGCACUAUGCCAUUGAACUGGAGCAUGUCCUCACCAAGAUCUUCAAUUGGUGUUCGCGCUGAGGACAGCUUCCAGGCUCUUGGCUGCUCUCCAGAAUUAUUCCAGCUCCGAGAAAACUGA